AAAACCACAUCUCAAAAGCUAUCAAAAUUCACCGACAAGAUCUCAUCUCUCUUCCCUCCCCCUUUGAAUCAUGGUUGAACCGGCGAAUACCGUUGGAAUCCCGGUUAACCCGACACCGUUACUGAAAGACGAGCUCGACAUCGUGAUUCCGACCAUCCGAAACCUCGAUUUCCUCGAGAUGUGGAGGCCUUUUCUUCAACCGUAUCAUCUGAUCAUCGUCCAAGACGGAGAUCCCACGAAGAAGAUUCAUGUCCCUGAAGGCUACGAUUACGAGCUGUACAACAGGAACGACAUUAACAGGAUCCUUGGACCAAAAGCUUCUUGCAUUUCGUUUAAGGACUCUGCUUGUCGGUGCUUUGGGUACAUGGUGUCUAAGAAGAAGUAUAUCUUCACCAUUGAUGAUGAUUGCUUCGUUGCUAAGGAUCCAGCAGGGAAAGCAGUGAACGCACUUGAGCAACACAUCAAGAAUCUUCUCUGUCCAUCAACUCCAUUGUUCUUCAACACCUUGUAUGAUCCUUACCGUGAAGGAGCUGAUUUCGUACGUGGAUACCCUUUCAGUCUACGUGAAGGUGUUUCCACUGCUGUUUCCCAUGGUCUCUGGCUCAACAUCCCUGAUUACGAUGCCCCGACCCAACUUGUCAAGCCUAAGGAGAGGAACGCUAGGUAUGUGGAUGCUGUGAUGACCAUCCCAAAGGGAACACUUUUCCCAAUGUGUGGUAUGAACUUGGCUUUCGACCGUGAUUUGAUUGGACCAGCUAUGUAUUUUGGUCUCAUGGGUGAUGGUCAGCCUAUUGGUCGCUACGACGAUAUGUGGGCUGGUUGGUGCAUCAAGGUUAUCUGUGACCACUUGGGCUUGGGAGUGAAGACUGGUUUGCCAUACAUAUACCACAGCAAAGCGAGCAACCCAUUUGUGAACCUGAAGAAGGAAUACAAAGGAAUCUUCUGGCAGGAAGAUAUCAUUCCUUUCUUCCAGAACGUGAAGCUAUCUAAAGAAGCAACAACUGUUCAACAAUGCUACAUUGAGCUCUCAAAGAUGGUGAAGGAGAAGCUUAGCUCCUUAGACCCAUACUUUGACAAGCUUGCAGACGCCAUGGUCACAUGGAUUGAAGCUUGGGAUGAGCUUAACCCACCAGCUGCUGCAGCAGCCAAUGGCAAAGCUUGAGCAAAACAACCACAGUUUUGGUUAUUUUAGCUCAAAUUAUCAUUUACUUUUCCAUUUUUGGAUUUUAUGAAACUCAAUUCUGAGUAUUGGUGUUUUUUUUCCUUUCUUUGUUUCAUCCUUAAUAAAAGACUUUCAAAUUAGUAUUCCCCAUUAGUAUUUGUUUCAAUAAUCAUCCCUUAUCAAAAACUUACAUGUUUCCCAUUAGCAUAUCACUGCGGAAAAAAAAAAAAACUUACAUGUUUGCGAGCGUUGUAACAAAAGGCACCAAUCUUCGGUAAUCUCUUUUUCCUAGAGCACAGUUAUCAAGAACUCGACCCAAUACCAGCCUUGUGUUCUGCAAAGCCACAUCUCUCGAAGGUAUCUCUAAUUCUGCUGCAGCUGCACUGAGAGGAUAAGCUUGCGACGUUGUUGGCGCCAUCACUGUGUACUGGAGAGGUCCGCUUCGGGCUUUGAAUGAAGUUUGAGGUACAAGCGUUCUCUCAUCAGCCCCGUUCUCAUAGUAGGCGAAAUCCUGAGGAUGGGAACCGCCUUGUACCGGGCUACAGCUCUGAAGAAGGGCUUCGAGAACACUCAAUGCUUCCCAAGACAGAGUGCUUUCGACUAGCUGUGAGACGAUAGUGUACAUGUGGGGACUCUGAGAAGCAUCCAUGGGAGUGUGUUGGAGCAAUGCCUUGACCAUAAGAAGAAUGACUCGUUGGUAGUCCACUGGUCCUUUCUUUAGCAUUCU